AUGAGACCCCGCAUCAAACCUCUCAAACGCCGUCCAAAAGUCACCUUCAAGCGCGCAGCAGCAGACAUGGCCGCCGCAUCCCAAACCCAACAGCCCCAGGACCGCCCGGAGAGCGACGUGGACGAGGAAUUCAUCGACUACGAAAGCGAGCCCGAGCCCUCGCCCGCCAGCCAGCACAACCCGGCCGUCCCAGCGCUCUUCACCACGCCGCCGCCCGUCCGCGACGCCCUCCCAACCGCCACCUCCAAACUCCAAGACGACACCCUUCGCCAGUGCCUGCCCUUCCUCGCCGCCGACCCGGGCAGCACCGCCGCCAACCCCGCCCGCAACGCGCACGGCGUGCCCGCCCUGCUGCGCGACAACCACGUCAAGUUCCUCGAGAAGCAGCUCGGCCGCUUCCCGGCGCCCUACGUCGCCGCCGACGCCAGCCGGCCGUGGUUCCUGUACUGGUCGCUCAACGCGCUCGCGCUGCUGGGGUAUGACACGGCCGUCUACCGUGACGACCUGAUCGCGACGGUGCGCACGAUGCAGAACCUGCCCGGGGGCGGCUUCGGCGGCGGGCACGGGCAGAACUCGCACCUCGCGACGACCUACGCCGUCGUCCUCGCGCUGGCUAUUGUCGGCGGCGAGGACGCGUACGAGGUCAUCGACAGGAGGGCGAUGUGGCGGUGGAUCUGUUCGUUGAAGCAGCGGGAUGGGGGCAUUCAGAUGACGUUGGGCGGCGAGGUGGACGUGAGGGGAGCAUACUGCGCAGCCGUCAUAGUGACCCUCCUCAACCUCCCGCUCGAACUGUCUACCGACUCGCCGGCCUGGACGCCUGAGCGGCCCACGCUCUUCACCGGAUUGGCGGAUUAUGUACGCAGAUGCCAGACGUUCGAGGGAGGCAUAUCGGGAAAGCCGGAUGGUGAAGCACACGGGGCCUACGCCUUUUGCGCGCUGGGCUGCCUCUCGAUUCUCGAUACUCCGCAUCGCAUCAUUCCAAAAUACCUUGACGUGCCACGACUCAUCUCUUGGCUCUCGUCACGGCAGUAUGCCCCGGAGGGUGGCUUCAGUGGGCGCACGAACAAGCUGGUUGAUGGCUGCUACAGCCACUGGGUCGGUGGGUGCUGGCCGCUGAUCGAUGCCGUGCUCAAGGGCGCGAGCGAGCUCGAGGAGGAAGAGACAGCGGCGGCGGAUCAGCAGCAGAAGCAGCAGCGGUCGCGGACCACCCCCGCGGAAGGCAGUCUGUACAGUCGUGAAGGGCUGAUCCGAUACAUCCUGUGCUGCGGGCAGGACUGUAGCAAACGUGGCGGUCUUCGUGACAAGCCGAGCAAGCCGUCGGACGCAUAUCACACCUGCUAUGUGCUUUCUGGACUGAGCUCGGCCCAGCAUCGGUGGGACCUCACAUAUGUCAAUGAAGACGAGACGAUUCUGCCAGAGCCCAAGUGGGUGGUGUCGCCUUGCGCCGAGGGAGCACAGAUUUUCGACGAGGAGGACCGCGUCGGGACGAUCCACCCCGUCUACACCAUUCCUCAGGAGAGCGUCGACGACAUGAAGGCAGCUAAUCGAUCCAAUCUAGGUCUUUGCCGGCGCCGAGGAUGGAGGGAUCCUUCGUACGAGUGCUACCGCGAUCCCAGUGGCUACACGUGCCUGGUUCUCGUCAACGGCCGUGAGUACCAGACGGACCUAGCGUACGAAUCGGAUUCGUUGGCGCAGGAAAACGCGGCCAUGCGUGCCUUUAUGGUGUGCCGUAACUUCUCCGUCAACGGCGGCAUGCUUGCCCGCAACGGCAUCGUUCAGGGGCUGCCCGCCACCGAGACCAGCGGCACCGCCCGCCGGUCCAAGAAGAGCAGUCGCCACACGUCUUCAAGUCACGGCUCCAGGGACAGCCACCGUCGAUCGGGCCACCACUCCAGCAGUUCUUCCACGGCUUCUUUCGACUGA